AUAACGGACACUAUCAGCUUUCAGUUAUGCAGCCGCCACCGCGAAAGGUAAAGGAGAGCCAGCAGGUGAAACUGGUGUUCUCAGAGCAGCUCAGCAGAUUGCAGAGCAAACAGCAUCAGGACACUGAGCUGCUGGAGGAGAUCAGGACGUUCAGUAAGCAGCGAGCAGCGAUAGAGAAAGAGUAUGCUCAGGCUCUUCAGAGGUUGGCUGUCCAGUACCAGAAAAGAGACUGGCAAAGAGGAAAUACAGAUGCUGUCACCUCUGGGAGUGUGUUUGGCGUGUGGCGGUCAGUGGUAGAUGCCACAGCUCAUUCUGCCGCAUCACGACUAGCCGCUGCAGAGGAAUAUCGCCGACUAAUUGGACACGCCUCCAGAAGUCUUCGCAAUGCAAAGGACAUCCGAGCUAAGAGAGGCCUGGAGCAGCUGCAGAGGGUACAGGGGGAAGUGGUUGAUGCUCUGCGGGAGCUGCACAGGAUCAAGAAGAGCUAUUACCAACUCAGUCAUAUUGCCAAUGUUGCCAGAGAGAAAGCUGCGGAUGCACAGAGCAGAGCCAGAAAGAGUGAACAUGGAAUUUUCCACUUUAAAACAGGACUACAAAAGAUGACUGCUAAGCUCAACACCAGGUUAAAAGAGUGUGAAGACCGUUUGACUGAAGUUCGUAAUGAGUAUCUGCUGGCAUUAUCAGCAGUCAAUGGCCAUCAUCAACACUACUAUACGAAUGACUUACCACAUAUUAUGGAGCAAAUGGACGGUGAUGUUUACAAUGACUUGAGGAGCCAUUUCACUCUGCUGUGUGGGACAGAGAUGGAUACUUGUCUGGCUACACACAAACAGUACAGCACCAUAUGGGAGAGUGUUGCCAAGGUGACCAGAGAGAAAAAUGUUGUGCAGUUUCUUCAGGAAUCUGUCUCCUUCAGCAAAAUCCCCGAAUUCACCUUCCAGCCAGCUCCACGUGACAAGGUGUUGACUCUACAGGAGGUUUGUGCCUCUGAAGCAGAGGGCUGUCUGGUUAAAGAAGCCAAGAAAUGGACCGCUAAAGCCGCCAAGGACUACAAGAUCAUCACCCAUGGAGAGAGGGCUCUGCAGAUGCUGGAGAGUCGGUUGAAGCUGUUGUCAGGGGAGACGGGGCUCAGUGUGGAGCAGAAGAUAGCAGAGGUGCAGGACAGCGUCAGGAAAGCCAAGCUCAGUAGGGUGAAGGCUGAAGCCCGUCUGGCUCUGUUAUCAGACAGUGUCACAGGAAUCGAACUGUGGCUCCACAACGCCAUGAACCAGGCAGAGGAGGAGCUGGAGAGGGAGAGACGCCUCAGUGAACAGAGGAAGUCGACUGAGGACUUUUCAGAAGAUGAGUUUGAGCUGACUGACUUUGAGGACUAUGAAGAUGAGAACGGAGACAUCUUUGCAGAUCCAGUGUCGGCAUCUGGAGUGUGUAUUUACCCUGCAGCCUGCAGAGUCAUCUAUAGCUAUCAGGCUAGCCAAUCAGAUGAGCUGUCUAUCAUGGAAGGGGAGGAGCUUCAAGUGAUUGAGGAUGGAGACAUGGAGGACUGGCUGAAGGUGUGUAACUCGUGUGGUCAGGUGGGGUAUGUUCCUGAGCGUUACGUGCAGUUCCUGUGUUUACCAGCUGAGGAUUCUGCUCAGCUGGACAGCUCCUUCAGCUCAACCUCAUCCACUGGGAACAAAGAGCGGGCAGGGAGCAGAGGAGUAGCCAGAGCUCUGUACUCUUACCAGGCCCAGAGUGCAGAGGAGCUAUCCUUCCAGGAGGGGGCACUGAUUCACCUGAUCCGCUGUCGACAUGCAGAGGUGGAUGAUGGGUUUUGGGAGGGAGAGCUGAAUGGACGGAUCGGUGUCUUCCCAUCGUUAGUGGUGGAGCUGGUCCAUGAUGAAGGGGAGGAGGAGGAAAAGGAGGAGGAGGAGCCUCUCUCCACCCCAACCAUGCCUCCCUUCUCCCCCUCCGGCCCAACCACAUCAGACCCCGGCUGUAGUUCAGCACUCGCUGCGACUCCCCCUGGCUGUGUGGAGGACAAACAGCAGGUGUUUCCUCUAAAGCUGGCAGACAACUCAGUCGAGUCUGCAGGCAGCAGCCACAACUCUCCAGAUCUCUCCAGCAGUCGACUUAGACCAUGUCGAGCACCUCCUCCUCCUCCGACACAGAAGCCUUCAGCUCAGCCCUGAGACAAAGACUAGUCACUGAGAUUAAUAAUCAAGACUACAGGACUUGGUGUACUUUUAUUAUAGUAUUGAACAAGUAACUUGUAUUUGUCAGUAUUUGUUAGGUUUUUUUCAUUGGUCAACUUAGUUGAAAGAUGAGGAAUCUUACAACGAAGUUGACCAAUGGAAAAAAAACUCCAUGUGACAUGUUUACAUUGAAUUAUAAUUCUUAUUCAUUUCCAAAAUAUCUUGUUUGGGGAAACAAAUAAUGAAUCUUUACAGCCUGUUUUCUUUCCCAACUCAUCAAAUACCGUCUCUUGGUCAGUGAUUUCAGCGUCAUAUAGUGAUAUGGUAUAAUAUUGGCUGGACUGCGCCAGUUUGAAACCCUGCUGGUAAAUGGGUCCAACAAACCAUGGACUUUCAUCCAGGAGCCCGCUUUUCACUUCCUUUAUGAAUGUUGAGCCAAACCAUGAUGGAUUUUUUUUUCUAAACCAUUUGUUGGACAAGGAAAUGAAUGUAAAUGCAAGACGUUUCACCAAUGUUUAUUUUGAAAAAGAUUAUAUGCAUCUAACGAGAAGAAACUGUGCGUUCCCUAUGAAAAUGAAAGUUUAUUUUGAAAAGACGCAAUUAACAGGCAUAAAUUGUCCCGAUACAGGAGGAUAUUUAGCAUAUAGAGACAUGAACAGUGCAGACCAAGCAGCAAUAUUUGACGAGUUGGGAUAACAGCAUGUUGCUGUUUAUAAUUACAGUUUAAGAAAGGUAAAGUGGUGCUUUUUGUGUUGGCUUUCAGCAGAGAAUAUAUGACCCAUACUGUAUGGGUAUUUGAUAUUAUAUCCAAUGCAUAACUAUAGCAGAGCAGAACAACUGAUAAUUUGUACAAUGAAAUCAAACAGUGAAAUGCAGGAAGUACGUCUAAAACAAAACAAAAAAGUUAAUUGGAUGAAUUUUAAGCAGAUUAUAGUGCAUCUGUGAUUAGCUUUCUUGAUAUUUUCAGGAAGUUUUUAAGUGAUUUUUUUUUUUGGUGUUUUUUUUAUAUGAUGGAGUAUUUUUUAACAAUCAUUCAUAUUUAAAAGGUUUAUUUCAGUGUAGUCUUCUCUCUGGCACUUGACCAUUGUUCUGUUAGCUCUUUGGUUGUUUUCCCUGCAUUCUUAACUGCAGGAUGAGGCUGUUUAGAGGAGAGUAAAGGCUCUGUGAAUAAAGCUUGUGUUCAGCUCUUCACCGUGCUCUUAUCCUGUGAGGCUCAUAUCCUGCAUAAUAAUCUAAACUUUGAAUAUAACACUUUCAUUUUAUUUUCUUCACAUAAAUGAAUGGCAGGCUGCAAAUAACCUUCUCUUUACAUUUUUAAAAAGGUUUUUUCAAACCCUUUAAAAUCAGACAGGCCUCUCAUCCCCCCUGUGAAGCCUUGGUGACCCCUAGUGGGUGUUGGGUACCAGUGCUUCAGAAGCAAUAUUAGUGUAGCAUAUGACAUGGUAGCCAGCACUGUGUGUAAACAUGACAUGUCGCAUGUUAAACUGAAGAAAAUGUAGAACAGUAUUUGAUUUUCUUUGAAAAUAUUUCUUUGAAUUGUGUGGCUUGAAAUGAGUUGUUAAAACACAUCUGAAAGAAUAUUGAAAGAACAGCACAGUGAAGAGAACAUGCAGGAUACACCAGUUAACAUCAUAAUGGUCCCUUUUAUUUUAGAAAUAAAAUAUUACAUUCUGCAAGCAUUGACUUCACCAGUAAACGUGCUAAUCCAAAUAAACAUGAUAUUGUGCAGUUACUAUAUGAGAACAUAUCUUAGAAUGUGACUGCUGGGAAAUCCAAGGACAUUUUGUCGGCAUUAUUUUGCACUUUAGUCAAAUUGAAUCAUUUCUUCAAAAACAAUUCUUAAUGAAUAUAAAUGUUUUUCUACUGCAUUUUAUAGUUUUGGAUUUUAUAAAAAAUCAUACUGGUGAGGUUGAUGUGUGUUUUAACUAUGGUAUGGUCAAUAAUGUAACAUGUUGGUGUGAUUAUACUGUUGUUUACUACCAGGAUCCUUGACCGAUGUCAACAAGCUUAACAACAACAAAACACACUUAAACAAGUCCGAAAAGCAAACUUCUGGUAUUUAUUUUUUAAGAGUAAAUUAUGAUACAUCUGCAUAUUUACAAGUCUGUCACAUCACUAACGUGUAUAUUGUGCAUAUGAUCUAGGCCCUGCUAGUAAGGAUAAAUACAUUAUACAUCUCUAAAACAUAAAGAGAGAGAUCACAAACCCCCUGAUUUUAUCAAGCUGUUGAGGCUUUUUAGCUUUUGCGCUUUUCAGUGGUGCUUCAAUAUGAUCGCUGUUGAUCUUUGUAAUGCUGGAUAUCUCAACAUUUUGGUAGAAUUAUCAUGAUGUUUUUACAUUUAUAAUACAUAAUUUUUCCCAAGUCCCAGGGCAGCAACAUGGUACAUAUGUUAUGAGCUGACCAAAGUGGAUUUGUUAUUUGUCCAGCUGUCAAAAAACAAAACUUGUAUUGUCAUGAGUCACACACCUAGCAGUAUUUAUGUUGUUAUAUGUCUUUUUAAAAUACCAAUGAAGAUACAAGCAACUGAACUGGAAACUGGAAAAAGUAGCACACUGGACCUCUUAACUGAACUGGAUUUGUUCUUGUUAAUAUUCAUACAUUAUGAAUAUGACAUUGCUGGUGUGUGAAACCUUGUUCUGAAAGUGACAUUGUAACAUUCAGAAGAAUGAAUGCCACAGUGGAUCUUUUACAAAAUAAAAUAUACUCUGUAUAUAAUUUACGAAUAAUACUAUGGCCACAUUCAUUCUCUGAAUAUUCACUGUAAAGCUUUCCGAUCAAUUCUGCUUUAUUUUUAACUUUGCUUUGUAAUGUGCUUAAUUACUAACAACAUUUCUUGACUACUGGGCCCUA